UCAUCAAAUCUCUCUCUCGCUCUACAGAUUUCUCUCUCUCUCUCUAAAAGGGGAGGAAAAGGCAUGGACUCGUCGGUGGCCCUGUGGUGCGCCGGCGCCCUCAUCGCCGGCGGCAUCUACUGGUUCGUCUGCGUCCUGGGCCCCGCCGAGCAGAAGGGGAAGCGGGCCACCUCCAUCUCCGGCGGCUCCAUCGCGGCGGAUGAGGUCCAGGGCAACUACGACAGCUACUGGUCCUUCUUCCGGCGCCCCAAGGAGAUCGAGACCAAGGAGAAGGUCCCCGACUUCGUCGACACCUUCUACAACCUCGUCACCGACAUCUACGAGUGGGGUUGGGGCCAGUCCUUCCACUUCUCCCCCGCCGUCCCCGGCCGCUCCCACGCCGACGCCACCCGCCUCCACGAGGAGAGGGCCGCCGACCUCAUCCGCGCCGACGCCGGCGGCCGCGUCCUCGACGUCGGCUGCGGCGUCGGCGGCCCCAUGCGCGCCAUCGCCGCCCACUCCCGCGCCCGCGUCGUCGGCAUCACCAUCAACGAGUACCAGGUCGCCCGCGCCCGCGCCCACAACAAGAAGGCCGGCCUCGACGGCCUCUGCGAGGUCGUCUGCGGCAACUUCCUCGAGAUGCCCUUCCCCGACGCCUCCUUCGACGGCGCCUACUCCAUCGAGGCCACCUGCCACGCCCCACGCCUCGACGACGUCUACGCCGAGGUCCUCCGCGUCCUCAAGCCCGGCUCCCUCUACGUCUCCUACGAGUGGGUCACCACCGACAAGUACCGCGGCGAGGACCCCACCCACGUCGACAUCAUCCAGGGCAUCGAGCGCGGCGACGCCCUCCCGGGCCUCCGCAGCCACGUCGACAUCGCCGCCACCGCUCGGCGGGUCGGGUUCGAGGUGCUGGAGGAGCGGGACCUGGCGGCUCCCCCCGCCGGCCCCUGGUGGACGAGGCUGAAGAUGGGCCGGAUCGCCUACUGGAGGAACCACAUGCUGAUCAAGAUCUCGGCCGCGCUCGGGGUCGCGCCCAAGGGGACGGUGGACGUCCACGACAUGCUGUUCAAGACGGCGGACUACUUGACCCGCGGCGGCGAGACCGGGAUCUUCACCCCGAUGCACAUGAUCCUCUGCAGAAAGCCCAGGGACUCCUCCCCAGCCGCCGAUUCUUCUUCUUGAAGGGGGGAAAUCCGCGGACCCAUGGUAACGAACCACACCCCAAUUUCAACGUUCCCUUUUCGUUCUUCUUUUUUCUUUGGCGUUGCUCAACUGAGUUAUGAUGAUGACUGAGAUUAUUCAUCACUGGGGGAGAGAGAGAAAAAGACCCAAAGAAAAAAAAAAACAAGAAAGCCAUUUCUGUUGGGUUCCUUUUUCUUUUUUCUUUCUUUUCGCUUCGAUUUUGGGGUUAUAGUUUCUUCCUUGUACGCUUUUGGGUUUCGCAAUUUGAAUACUGGUUCAGGUA